AUGUUCGCUCUUCGGCAGGUCAUUGAGAAGGAUGGGAAAGGGAGGAAGAGCCAGCCGGAGGCCCUUUGCAAACACCUCUCGGCCAUCUCGGGGUUCGGGUCUUUUGGCCGGGGAAUGGACACCCGUCCCUGGGGAGGGCCUGACCUUUUGGAUCAGGUUGCAAAGACAACGGGAGCCCCCAGGUUUCCAUUGAUAGCAAACGGGCACAUCUGUGGAAUCCGCAAUCGGAAAGUUUUCGGGCUCCUUUGCCAUAUUCCAAGCUACAAAUCCAUCCCGCUCUUGGCCGUCAUCACGUCGCCUGGCCCCAUCCCCAUCCGUCCCAGAAGAGAGAGAGUAAAUCAGGAGGAAUUGCUCACGCCUGCCUUUCUCCCACCCUCCCUUUCCUCCGGUCCGUCCCCAGAGCACGUCUGCUCCAUCCUGGCCUCCCUCCUGAGGAACCUGCGGAGUCAGCAAAGGACGCGGCUGCUCAACAAGUUCACGGAGAACGACAGCGAGAAGGUGGACAGGCUGAUGGAGCUCUAUUUCAAGUACCUGGACGCCGUGCAGGUAGCCGACAAGAAGAUUGAAGGUGAAAAGCACGACAUGGUGCGCCGCGGGGAGAUCAUCGACGACGACACGGAAGAGGAGUUCUACCUGCGGCGCCUGGACGCCGGUCUGUUUGUGCUCCAGCUCAUCUGCUACAUCAUGGCGGAGAUCAGCAAUGCGGGCAUCCCACAGGUAGGACCGGCCACGCCUUCCUCCCACCCUCCAGGUUCAGCCCUCACCUUUGGCUUUCUCUCUGAAUGGAUAGAUAGGAUUUGUUUAUUUGUAUCUCGCCUUUAUCGUUUCUUCAUCAACAUUUCAGACGGCAAAGAGUCAAAGGGCCCCAGAGAGAAGAGAGGGGGAGAGAGAGAGGCCCUGGGAGGCCAAGGCCGUGCGAAGGCGGUGGAGCCACGGCUGAGAGACCUUCUCUUUGGGGAGGGGGGUGAGAGGGGCUUGGAAGGACCCUCGCUCUCACUCACAGCUGCCCCCAAUCUCCCUGCAGAGUAUGCGGAGAACAUCGGAGAUGGGAAGAACUCCGAAUUCCUGGAGAGCGAGCAAAAACGGAUCAUGGAACUUCUGGAGAACUUCUGAGGGGCCCUUGAGGGGCUUCCAGGACCUUCUGCCGCUUGGGGUCCCAAAGAGACUUUCGGGAGAAAGGGGACCCUUCUCAGGUUUUGUGAGCGUGUGCGUGGGUGUCAUUUUGAACGAUUAAAGAUUGGUCUGGUUUGUUAUUUCCAAA